AUGAAGUAUCUACCUGUCCGCGAGAUUGACACUGUAACGAAUGCACUUAACUUCUCUACGCCAGACACACACGUCAUCGGCGGAUGCGACAUUUACACCACGAAGGCCGCCGGUACCGAUAAGAAACUAUACCGGAAUAUUGAGAACAGUCUCGAGUUGCAAUAUGAGUCUCUGGUCAGGCUAUCUGCCUCGCUGAGCCCGCCAUACCGCACAGCAAGCGACGACAGCAGCGCGAGCGAGAAGAGCGGUCGCAGCAAGCGUGGUAGAACCGCCGAGCCAGCGCCGGAGAUCGAUCUGUCGCGGGCAUCACCUUUUGGACCACUCAGCCAGAUUACGGCACGAAGAACGUUCGCCUACCUCAUCGCGACCUUGAACGCAUCACAUCCGGACUACGACUUUUCGCACAUUCUGCGGCCGUCGGACUUUCGUAAGGAGAGGAGUCUCCGAACUGUCAUGCACAACAUUGACAGCACAUUGCAGAACCUGAGACCUAAGCAUACUGCGGCGCAGAACUAUCUGUCGCCGCCUUCACUGUCGCAUUCAGCGCCUACCGGCAUCAAUAACGGAAACGACAUCUGGAGCCAGAAUAUGUGGAAACUGAUCGACAAGGAGAUGGGUCUUCGGCAUUGCGAGAAAUAUUCGUAUAACCCAGAAGAAGACCCUUUCGACGGCGAGGAAGGCGCGAUCUGGAGUAUACACUACUUCUUUUUCAACAAGGAGAAGCGACGCGUAUGCUACCUCUAUCUCCGCGGAUUCAGCGUGAUUAGCCAUAGUCCGGUACACGCUGCCACGCAGCUGAGAGCGAAGUUGGUGCCACGCAAAGUCUCCAGCUUAUCAGUUGGCGAAGGCGCUGGCAAGCGCGCAAGUUUCUGGCUCAGCAGUGAUUAUCUGCAGCGGAGCAUCGACACUGUCAGUUACGGCGAAGAUGACGACGACGACGACGAGAUGGUGAUUGAAGGACCGGAAGACGAUGAAAUUGAGGUCCCUUUUAUGACACUGGACGAUUUGAGACAUGACCUGGCCACUGGGCGGUAUUGUCCCAUAUCUGAAGAGGACGAGGACGAAGAAUGGCAGCCGCGACAUGUCAGAAAUCUUUCCGAGGACAUCGGUGAGACGAUGGAGCUUGAUGACUGA